UACUGACCAUCUACCAUCUGCGAUAGCUCAGUCUUCCAGUGGAUGACGCGUGCUCCGCAUGCUGAUCGUGCCAAUCCGAGUGCUAUAAUAAAUCCAGCAUAAUGCAUUGAGUCGUCGCCGCUUGCCGUUGGCCAAGCUAAUCUUCCAGAGAUCCCGACUGUGUUUAUGGGAAUAAGAAGUCGUAAAAAAGGCAUUGAAAUGAGCUAGACCACAAUGUGUCACCAUCACAAGGGUAUAAAUAGAGGGAACUGCGUAGAUGGACUGUCCAGUUCUGACAGUGAUUCGAGAUCGAAGCAAGAUGAGUGCCCGCUGUACCCUGUUGUCCAUCCUAGCUUUGGUGAGUGCCUGCUGCCUGGAUUCGAGUGGCGCUCUCUUCUUCAAGUCCUGGAGGUCGGGAAAAGGAUAUAGUGGUCAUAGUGGAGUACAAAACUAUGGCAGCGCAGGCUAUGGAAACUACGGCAAUGGCAACUAUGCUGGAGGAUAUGGCUAUAACUACCCCUCCUAUCCUGCAUACAAUUCGUACACUUACCCAACCUACUCAGGCCACUCCUCUUACUCUCACCCCAAGGGAGGACGCAAGCCUUCCGGACACCGCCAAGGACGCACUUACUCGCAAAUAGCGAGAGUUAUAAACCCCGCUCCAUACGUCGGUCCUGGAGGCAGUCGGUUCCUGCCCCGUACGCCCUUUUCGCCCCUUUGGGGCUGACGACUUGCCCAUCUGAACUCACAUGGUUGCCAGCAGUAUUAACCAUUAAAAUAAAAUCAGCGAAAGUUACAUCUAAA